AUGGUUUCAAGUAUGGGUUUGAAAUGGAAAGAAAAGGAUAGCUCGCUUCUCUUAGACUCUCCAAAGAGCCCAGAUGAGCUUCUUUACGCUAUUAGCAACCCAUUACGCCCUUACCCAAGAAAAAACCCAUUACGCCAUUGGUACUCUCAGGGAUUUUCUGUAAAAUUGGCGUAUUUACGAUGGAGAGCCACUCUGUCAAACGGGUUAUUUAUUAAUAUCACACCCAACCAAACGACGGCGGCGAGAGCUCUACAGAGAGGGCACAGCGGCGCGGUGACGAAAGCUCUGCGGAGAACAGCAAAUGGGUUAAGACGACAGAGCACAUCAAUGAAGGGGCAACGACCAUGGAGCAGAUCGACAGCCAAGAACAGCAAACAAUGGCGGAACAGAGCGACGACAGAGCAAAUUGAUGGCAGAUUUCAGCUAACGACGGUGGAGCGUAGCGAUGAAAAAGGUUAUGUUUCGGCUUUUACGGUUUAAGGUUUAAUUCAUAUGGAAUGGUAAUUUCGGUAUAAUAUUACAUGAGGUUAUUACU